UAUUUCUUGCUACAGGGCUUUGUAAAGAGAAAAGAGGUAGAUGCUGACUAUGCCAAAAGCUUUUAUUUGGGGAUUUUGUUGGUGGUGCAACCUUCUGUUUCUUCUUUCUUUUUCCUACAUGUCCUUCUAGGAUCUUCUUGCACAAGAGCCUAAAAGCAUUUAAAAUUUGCAGAAUGAAAAGAUGGCGCGAGCAAUGCUGGUACCACCAGGACCUGACAGCUUCUUCUACUUCACUGAAGAAUCUCUUGCAGCUAUUGAAAAACGUAUUGCUGAUGAAAAAUUUCCUUGUGAGCAAGAUGAGACUACAGAUGAUGCUGAUCAUGAGGAAAAUCACCCAAAGCCAAAUAAUGACUUAGAGGCAGGAAAGACACUGCCAUUUAUUUAUGGUGAUAUUCCUCCAGAAAUGGUGUCUGAGCCCCUGGAGGACCUGGACCCCUAUUACAUCAAUAAAAAAACAUUUAUAGUACUGGACAAAGCGAAGACAAUCCACAGGUUCAGUGCCACACCUGCCUUGUACCUUUUAUCUCCUUUCAAUAUCACUAGAAGACUAGCUAUUAAGAUUUUGGUUCAUUCAUUGUUCAACAAGAUCAUUAUGCUCACUAUUCUGGCAAAUUGUGUAUUGAUGACAUGGAGAAAACUUCCAGAAUGGGCAAAGACAGUAGAGUACACUUUCACUGGAAUUUAUACUUUUGAAUUUCUAGUAAAAAUCUUUGCAAGAGGCUUCUGUAUAAACGAUUUUACUUGCCUUCGUGACCCUUGGAACUGGCUUGAUUUUGUUGUCAUUUCCUUUGCAUAUGUGACAGAGUUUGUGGACCUGGGCAAUGUCUCAGCGUUGAGAACAUUCAGAGUUCUCCGAGUUUUGAAAACAGUAUCAGUCAUUCCAGGCUUGAAGACUAUUGUUGGAGCCUUAAUUCAGUCUGUGAAGAAGCUCUCAGAUGUGAUGAUCCUGACUGUAUUUUGCCUGAGUGUAUUUGCACUGAUAGGACUUCAGCUGUUCAUGGGCAACUUGAAGAAUAAAUGCCUGUUCUGGCCAUCAGAAAAUUCAACAGCUUUUGAGAAACAUGUAGUUCCAUACUUUAAUGGUUCAGAAUUUGACUGGACAGCGUACAUUAAUGAAGAAAGUCAUUUCUAUCUCCCAAAAGGAGCAAUUGAUUUUCUGCUUUGUGGCAAUAGCUCAGAUGCAGGUAAAUGCCCAGAAGAGUUCAUCUGUGUGAAAGCUGGUAGAAACCCCAACUAUGGAUAUACUAGCUUUGACACAUUCAGUUGGGCUUUCUUGUCACUGUUUCGACUGAUGACACAGGACUAUUGGGAAAAUCUUUAUCAGUUGACACUACGAGCUGUUGGCAAAUCAUACAUGAUCUUUUUUGUUGUGGUGAUUUUUCUGGGAUCCUUCUAUUUGAUUAACUUGAUUUUGGCUGUGGUUGCCAUGGCCUAUGAAGAACAAAACCAGGCAACUAUUGUUGAAGCAGAGCAGAGGGAGGCAGACUUUAAGCUGAAGCUUGAACAACUGCAGAAGCAGCAAGAAGAAGCUCAGGCAAUAGCAGUGGCUGUAGCAGAGAUGACAGAGUACAGCUGUGAAAGUGGGAAUGCUGCACCCUCAGAUAGUUCUUCAGAUACAUCCAAGCUUAGUUCAAAAAGUGCCAAAGAAAGGAGAAAUAGAAGGAAGAAGAGAAGGCAGAGAGAGCUCUCUGGAGAAGAGGAUGACAUGAAGAAUGAAAAUCUUCCAAAAUCUGAAUCAGAUGGCAGUAUCAAAAGGACAGGUUUCCGUUUAUCUUUUGAUGGAAACAGACUAACUUAUGGGAAGCCGUUUACAUCGCCCCAUCAGUCUUUGCUGAGUGUUCAUGGCACCCUGUUUUCUCCCAGACCUAGCAGCAGAACAAGUAUUUUCAGUUUUAGAGACUAUGGAAGAGAGCGAGGAUCUGAAAAUGACUUUGCUGACGAUGAGCACAGCACGUUUGAGGAUAAUUCGAGCAGAAGGGGUUCCCUGUUUGUGCCGCGCAGGCACGGCGAGCGGCGCAACAGUAACAUUAGCCAGGCCAGUAGGUCAUCCAGGAGGCUCACAGUCCUCCCAGUGAACGGGAAGAUGCACAGCACCGUGGAUUGCAAUGGGGUGGUUUCCUUGGUGGAUGGACCACCAGGUCUGUCGUCUCCUACUGGACAACUUCUGCCAGAGGUGAUAAUAGAUAAAGCAACAGCUGAUGGGAAUAGCACUACCACAGAAAUAGAAAUAAAAAACAGACGUACCAGUUCAUAUCAAAUACCAGUGGAGUUGCUGGAGGAUCCCGAUUUAAGGGAAAGGGCCAUGAGUCUAGCAGAUGUUAUCACAAAUAGAAUGGAAGAACUUCAAGGAUCCAGACAAAAAUGUCCACCUUGUUGGGAUAAGUUUGCCCACACUUUCUUAAUUUGGGAGUGCUGCAAGCCCUGGUUAAAAAUAAAGAAUGCAGUUGAAUUUAUUGUAAUGGAUCCACUAGUUGAUCUGGCUGUCACUGUUUGCAUAGUUAUAAACACACUAUUUAUGGCCAUGGAACAUUAUCCAAUGACUGACCAUUUUUACGCUGUACUUACAGUAGGAAAUCUGGUUUUUACUGGAAUUUUUGCAGCAGAAAUGGUUCUCAAGAUAAUUGCCAUGCAUCCUUUUAAUUAUUUCCAAGUUGGCUGGAAUAUUUUUGAUAGUUUUAUAGUUAUUCUUAGUUUGGUGGAGCUUUUUUUGUCAAACGUGGAUGGAUUAUCCGUUCUCCGAUCAUUCAGAUUGUUACGAGUCUUCAAAUUGGCAAAAUCUUGGCCAACCCUAAAUAUGCUGAUUAAGAUUAUUGGCAACUCGGUGGGGGCUCUGGGGAAUCUGACCCUGGUGCUGGCCAUCAUCGUGUUCAUUUUCGCUGUGGUUGGGAUGCAGCUGUUUGGGAAAAGCUACAAGGAAUGUGUCUGCAAAAUUGCAAGUGACUGUGAACUUCCUCGCUGGCACAUGCAUGACUUUUUCCACUCUUUCCUGAUUGUAUUCCGAGUGCUGUGUGGAGAAUGGAUAGAAACAAUGUGGGACUGCAUGGAGGUUGCAGGCCAAGCCAUGUGCCUUAUUGUCUUCAUGAUGGUCAUGGUGAUUGGAAACCUAGUGGUAUUGAAUCUUUUUCUGGCCUUGCUGCUGAGUUCAUUUAGUUCAGACAACCUUACUGCUACAGAAGAUGAUAAUGAAAUGAACAACUUGCAGAUUGCUGUUGCAAGAAUUCAGAAGGGAAUAGAUUAUGUGAAGAAGAGAGCAGGUGAAUGUGUCCGAAAGUCUUGUUUUGGAAAACAAGCUGCUGUAAAUCAAAGAACAGCAACAGAGCAGUUGAAUGAUGAAAGAAACCUUUGCAUUUCCAACUGUACUAUCACUGAACUAAGGAUAGAUACGAAUUAUGGCAAAAAUGAAAAUGGAAUGGCCACUGUUAUAGGUGGAAGUGAUUAUACAUCAUUCAUAAACAACCCAAGCCUUACUGUCACAGUACCAAUAGCUGUUGGAGAGUCUGAUUUUGAACAUCUGAAUACAGAAGAGUUUAGCAGUGACUCAGAUUUGGAUGAAAGCAAGGAGAAGCUUGAUUUUUCCAGCUCAUCAGAAGGAAGUACAGUUAAUUUAGCUGUCUUUGGAGAAGAAAAAAGUGAAACAGAACCAGAAAAAGCAUCAGAACUACAGGCAUGUUUUACAGCAGGCUGUGUACAGAAGUUUAAAUGCUGUAAAGGCAAUAAGGAGAGCACAAAAGGAAGAAUCUGGUGGAACCUCCGAAAAACCUGUUACAAGAUAGUAGAGCACAACUGGUUUGAAUCAUUCAUUGUCUUCAUGAUUCUUCUCAGCAGUGGUGCUCUGGCUUUUGAAGAUAUAUAUAUUGAAAAGCACAAGACUGCAAAAAUCCUGCUGGACUAUGCUGAUAAAAUAUUUACUUAUGUCUUUAUUCUGGAAAUGUUGCUAAAAUGGGUGGCCUAUGGUUUUCAGACUUACUUCACUAAUGCUUGGUGCUGGCUGGACUUCCUGAUUGUUGAUGUCUCGUUGGUUAGCUUAGUAGCUACUGCCCUUGGUUUCUCAGAAUUUGGUGCAAUUAAAUCUCUCCGAACAUUAAGAGCUUUGAGACCUCUAAGAGCUUUGUCACGCUUUGAAGGCAUGAGGGUGGUUGUGAAUGCUCUUACUGGAGCAAUCCCAUCCAUAAUGAAUGUACUUCUGGUUUGCCUUACAUUCUGGCUAAUUUUCAGCAUUAUGGGAGUCAAUUUGUUUGCUGGAAAGUUCUAUCACUGUGUUAACACCACAAAUAAUGUGAUGUUCACACCAGAGGAAGUCAGUAAUAAAAGUAUGUGUGAAAAUCUGAACAGGACUUCUGGAGGUCUUCGGUGGAAAAAUGUGAAAGUAAACUUUGAUAAUGUUGCAAUUGGUUAUCUUUCUCUGCUUCAAGUGGCGACAUUUAAAGGGUGGAUGGAGAUUAUGUAUGCUGCAGUUGAUUCUACACAAGUAGGGCACCAGCCCAAGUAUGAAGACAACCUGUACAUGUACAUUUACUUUGUGGCCUUUAUUAUUUUUGGAUCAUUUUUCACCCUAAACUUAUUUAUUGGUGUCAUCAUAGACAACUUCAACCAACAAAAAAAGAAGCUUGGAGGUCAAGACAUUUUCAUGACAGAAGAACAAAAGAAAUACUACAAUGCAAUGAAGAAGCUGGGAUCAAAAAAACCACAAAAACCUAUACCUCGACCAGUGAACAAAUUGCAAGGUCUGAUGUUUGAUAUUGUAACACGGCAACUAUUUGACAUCACUGUCAUGGUUUUAAUCUGUCUUAACAUGGUCACAAUGAUGAUAGAAACAGAUGACCAGACUGAACUGAUGCAAAAUAUUUUAUAUUGGAUUAACUUGGUCUUUGUUGUCCUUUUCACUGGUGAAUGUGUCUUCAAAAUAUUUUCACUCCGUUAUUAUUACUUCACCAUUGGCUGGAAUAUUUUUGAUUUUGUGGUUGUUAUUCUUUCAAUAAUAGGUAUGUUCUUAGCUGAAAUGAUUGAGAAGUACUUUGUGUCACCCACUUUGUUCAGAGUUGUACGGCUUGCCAGAAUCGGUCGAAUCCUGCGCCUCAUUAAAGGCGCUAAGGGAAUCCGCACUCUGCUUUUUGCUUUGAUGAUGUCUCUUCCUGCUCUGUUCAACAUUGGGCUGCUGCUUUUCCUGGUCAUGUUCAUCUAUGCCAUAUUUGGCAUGUCCAACUUUGCCUAUGUCAUGGUGAACAUGUACAUUGCUGUGAUUUUGGAGAACUUCAGUGUUGCUACUGAAGAAAGUGCUGAACCCUUGAGUGAGGAUGACUUUGAGAUGUUCUAUGAGGUUUGGGAGAAGUUUGAUCCCGAUGCAACACAAUUCAUAGAAUAUAGCAAACUGUCUGAUUUUGCAGCUGCUCUAGAGCCUCCUCUUAAUAUACCAAAACCAAACAAAGUCCAGCUUAUUGCAAUGGAUCUGCCUGUGGUGAGUGGUGACCGAAUUCACUGCCUUGACAUCUUGUUUGCUUUCACAAAGCGUGUGCUGGGGGAAAGUGGGGAGAUGGAUGCCCUCAGAAUACAGAUGGAAGAUCGGUUUAUGGCAUCCAAUCCCUCUAAAGCUUCCUAUGAACCAAUUACGACUACACUGAAACGAAAACAGGAAGAAAUUUCUGCCAGUAUAAUUCAGCGUGCUUACAGACGUCAUCUUCUAAGACAGUCAGUAAAGAAGCUUUCAUUUCUGUAUCAGAAAGAUGGGGGUGAUCAGCUUAUCAAAAACGAUAUGGUUGUUGGUAAGCUGAGUGAAAACUCAUCUCCAGAGAAAAUGGAUAUGUCUGCAUCCACCACAGCUCCGCCUUCUUAUGAUAGUGUAACAAAACCAGAAAAAGAAAAAUAUGAAGAUGACAAAUCAGAAAAGGAAGACAAAGGAAAAGACAGAAGAGGAAACAAAAAAUAAAAGGCAGAGGUUAUCCGUGAUGAGUGUUCACAAGCUUGAAAAUAUGUUUUUGUCAGUAGCACUGUUACUGGAGGAUUAUGCCAAAAUUUUAAGUUUUUACAUACUUACUGACUGCUGCAGUCAGUGCCUAUCUAAGACAAUGGUCCUUCACUAGUAAACUCUUGGUCUGUAACAAGGAAACAAACUUGCAGAGCAAUAGUUUUGAUUAACAGCUGUUACUAAUUGAGAGACACAAAAUUUCUACUUGGAACCCUUAAUGGGUCCUAAUAAGCCUGUACUUCUGUGGAAUAAGUGUGUCCACUGUGUACAUUUCAUCUCCUGUGUUCCAUGUGUGUCAGCUCUUUUUCAUUAUCUCGUUUGCUUUGAAUAACAUACUGCCUUAUUAAUUCUGCUGUGCUGAGAAAACAAAAUCUACUCUUAAUUUAGAUAAACACUAAAUAAUACUCUUAUGUGCAGAGGAACACAAAUGUCAGGAAUAUGUAAUUAUUGCAUCAUAAUAUGAAUGUAGUUCUCUUCAAGCCACUUCUAAAGGCAAAAAAAACAGGAUUCAAGAUUGUUGAACCUCAGGAUGUAGAUAAAAGAAACAGCAAACUAUGAAACAACCAAUAGAGUCCAGAUAGAGAAUUUGUCAGUAAAUCAAGCAAGGAAAUAAUUUUUACGGAGAAGAGGUUGGUACCUUAGUCCUUUAAGUUUAAUAUAUUUAUCUUUAUUACCUUUUAAUAGUUCUUAAUUUAUUGUACUGUCCAUUUCAGAUACAGUGGUUUAAAUAAAUUAUGCUGCAUAGAGCUCCUGUUUGGAAAAUUGCAAAACUGUGGAAAAAUUACUUUCAAAGUACAAGCUAGCUCCGAAUUCCUGAAACAUUGAAGCAAUUCUUUUCACAGAAAAGCUAUAAAUGCCGAAUUCUGCCUAUAAAAAAUAAUAUUUUUUUAAAAAAUGUGCUAUGUUUUGACCCUUGAUACUGUGAGUAAUGUCCAUGCUUUAUUCCAAAGUCUGUUGCUACACUUCUGAUUUCUCAUGAGUAUAUCCCACUUAGGAAAAUAGUCAAAGCUAUACAUUGAUAGCAGAGUACCUUUGGGGAAAAAUACUACUUUAAUAUAUACCUCAUAUUUAAAUUUCCCUACUUUGGAAGGAUGGAUCAUAGAAAUACAAAAUAUGUACGUGAGAGAGGUGGUUUUGACACCCCCUUGGCAAUAUAGUCAAGUUUCCACUGUAAUGUAACCUUCUGUAGAGAGCUGAGAUGACCAAAAAGAUGUACUGGAACCAGCUUUGUCCUGCACUGGUGUUUAGAUGAGUUUUUUUGCAUUCAGGCUGACACUGUACCUGUAAGUAAAAUACCCUCUGUUAUUUAAUCAGUUGUUUUACACAGUGGUACCCUUCUGAACAAAGAGACAAUGACCUAAUUACUGUAUAUGUGUCAAAUAUGUACCCUAGUAAGUUAGCUUACAACAUUUCAAUAGAUACUAUGAUAUGUUCUGUGAUACUUCAAAUAAUUGGAAGCUCUAACUGAUGCAUGCUUGCUGCUAUUAUCCUACAGCUCUUAAAAUUUAACAUGGGAAGAGAAGUAAGUGGUAAAAAGAAAAACAGUUUGACAAGACCAUCGUUCCUCAUACCAGUAAGCAAUUGUUUGCUGCUAUUAAAGAUUUUAUUUUGUGUGAGUGUUGUAAUCAGCAAAUAUGCAGUAAGGUAUUGGACUAUACAGGCAAAUAGAUGGCUUAAAAUACGGGGCUAGAAAAAAAUUAUAUGUCUAUUCUUUUUAUUUAAAAAUAGUUUUAUUUUAUAAGAUUUUAUACUUACUAUAAGAAAUUACACAUAUUUUCCUGUUGUUUUUAAUUUUUAUUGCUGUCUUUGACACUUUACCAUUCAGAAAAGUAAUAUAAAAUAUGUAAUUGAAAAUUCCCGCUGAUUGUUUUACACAGCCUUUAAUAAGGAGUAGUUUAAAAACAAAUGGACAGUACAAAUUCUUUUCUGAUCCAUAGAUAGGCCUUUUUUAUUGUUACAAUCCUGUCCGUUGAUUUUCAGGGUAAUCUUAGUCAUAGGAACCUUGUUGUUUCCUCAGAGUUAAUCUCACACUAUCUGCUUUGCUUAUUGGUGCACACUGCAAUAGAAACACUUUAAAUAUAAUUUCUUACUCAAAAAUCUUUCUUUGUGAGAAUGAAUAGUGAACUUGUGCAAUGGGAAGUGAAACACUUUGCAUUUCUUACAAAAGAACUAGAAUAUUGAUGGGCUCCUGCUUUUAUAGAAAUUAUUGGCUCAUAGUGUACUGAUGAACUGCAUGCAGGAAAUUGUUUUACCAAAAAUAAUUACAUUGCUAACAACCCGAAAGAAUAAAGAUAACCUUUUUAUGUAA